ACAAUCUUCCCUCUCAUUUUCAUCUCUUCAAAACCAAAGAUAACAAUGGUGGUAGCAUCACCCAAUUCCUCCCUAACCACAAACUCCAAGCCCUCCGCCGCCGCAAGGAUCCCCACCAUCGAUCUCUCCGACCGCACCAGCAACCGGCAAGCCCUCUUGAAGCUGCUCGUCGAGGCCAGCGAAAAGUAUGGCUUCUUUAAGCUCAUCAACCAUGGCAUCCCUCAGGAUUGCAUUUCAAGAGCUGAAGAAGAAGCCAUGGCCUUCUUUGCCAAGCCCACCGCCGAAAAGCUCCCCGCCAGCCCUGAAAUUUCUCCCAUCGAUGUUGGCAAUACCACUCGCUUUGGCUAUGGCAUCAAUAAUAUCGGCCGCCAUGGCGACAUCGGAGAGAUUGAAUAUCUUCUCCUCCCAUCUCAACCUUCCUUGAUUUCUCAACUUGCCUUCUCUAUCUCCCAAAAUCCAUCAAAAUUCAGUUGUGCUUUGAAUGAUUACAUACAAGCUACCAAAAAUGUGGCCUGUGAGCUCCUUGAUCUAAUGGCUGAGGGGUUAGGGAUAUCAGACAACUCCAUUUUCAGCCGUAUGAUCUUAGAUGCUCAAAGUGACUCACUUCUUAGAAUCAAUCACUACUUCAUCCAUCCCACGCCCUCCAAUAAGCUUGGGUUUGGCGAGCAUUCUGACCCUCAGAUCUUCGCCAUCUUAAGAUCCAACGACAUUGCUGGCCUCCAAAUCUUAUUGGAUGAUGGGUUGUGGGUCACUGUCCCUCCUGACCCCACUGCCUACUACGUCAUGAUUGGUGAUUUAUUUCAGGUUUUUACCAAUGGAAGGUUUGGGAGUUUGAAGCAUAGGGCAACUGCGAACAUAGGGCCAAGGUCGAGAAUGUCCAUGACUUUUUUUGCAUCCCCGUCUUUAGAUACAUGGAUUUCUCCUCUACCAGAGAUGAUUACCUCGGAUCAACCGUGUGUUUAUAGGUCUUUCACUUGGAGAGAAUACAAGACUUACAUUUAUUCACUCACGCUAGCUGGCUCGAGACUCGACUCGUUCAAGAUUAGACCUUAAAACGAAAGUAUACCAUAAGAGCAACUUGUUUGGGGUUUGGCAAUGUUUUGGGUGUCUAAUGUCCUACCUACUACGGUUAAAUAUAUAGUUUCUUGUAGCAUAUAAAUAUGA